UUGUUUCUUGAUAGAGCACGCAUCACCAUGUACUUGGUCAGAAAUGAGUACGAUCGAGGAGUCAACACGUUUUCUCCUGAGGGAAGGCUGUGGCAAAUUGAGUAUGCGAUGGAGGCUAUUCAGCUUGGAUCAACAGCGGUGGGUAUUCAGACACAAGAUGGUAUUGUUUUGGCUGCCGAGAGACGAAUGACGUCCAGGUUGACGGAACCCUGGUCGGUACAGAAAAUUUUAGAAAUUGAUUCGCAUAUAGCAUGCGCACUGUCUGGACUAGUUCCAGAUGCAAGGACACUGAUUGACCAUGCAAGAGUAGAUGCACAGAACUACUCUUUCAACUAUUCUGAGCCGAUUCCCGUCGAAUCCGUUAUACAAAGCAUUUGCGAUUUAGCUCUACGCUUUGGAGAAAACAACGAAGAUGAAGACGUCAUGUCGAGGCCAUUUGGCGUAGCUCUCUUAGUCGGGGGGGUCGACGAGAAAGGACCUUUUUUGUAUCAUACAGAUCCUGCCGGAAACUACACACAAUAUCUGGCGAAGGCAAUAGGAAAUGGAUCGGAUACAGCCCAGACGCAGUUGGAACAGCAUUACCAUAGAACAAUGUCCUUAGAAGAAGCUAAGACUCUCGCCUUAACAAUUCUUAAGCAAGUGGUCGAAGAAAAGUUGACGGCCGUAAACAUUGAAGUAGCUGUUGUACCGUUAGGGACAAAAAAAAUGGAAUAUCUUCAAGCAGAGGAAAUCGAGAAAAUCGUUGCCAACACCUCAAAUUCCGACUUGGCGAAGAGCAAAUAAUUUGUCUAGAUUAUUGUCUAUUGAGACAACACAAUGUGUCUAAAUUUUUUAUGGGUAAAAGCUAUAUCUUCAACGGCUAAGAGUAGUCACGCAUGUUUCUCGCCAUAUAAGCAUUUCAUUUCCUAGCAACAUUUACAUUCUGACCUCGUCUCAUGGUGAGCGAAUUUUCCCUCUUUUGUUUGCGUCCGGAUCAAUUCCGAUGUCAAAACUUCCUUUAAAAAAACUCAGGUCUCACCAUACUUUGUAUCUGAAAUUUUUUACAGUUUCAAAUGCGUACCACUGU